GGCAUGCCAGACCUUAUGCUCCUUGAAAGGGCACCAAGGAGGAGCUCUUACUCGCCCUCUUUUUUGUUUUUUUUCUCUCCGCGAGGCCUCGGUUUGCUCGGACGUCUUGGACUUUUGGCACGACCACCCACCUGAAGCUCUUCCGCUUCCUCUUUGCUCAGGCUCCGCCCCCAGCGUCCUGUGGCCAUGACUACCGCCCCGCGGGACUCCCUGGUGUGGAAGCUCGCUGGGCUGCUGCGUGAGUCUGGGGAUGUGGUCCUGUCUGGCUGUAGCACCCUGAGCCUGCUCACUGCCACACUGCAGCAGCUGAACCACGUAUUUGAGCUGCACCUGGGGCCAUGGGGCCCUGGCCAGACAGGCUUUGUGGCUCUGCCUUCUCACCCCGCCGACACCCCCGUCAUCCUCCAGCUUCAGUUCCUCUUCGAUGUGCUGCAGAAAACGCUUUCACUCAAGCUGGUCCAUGUCCCAGGUCUUGGCCUCCCAGGGCCCAUCAAAAUCUUUCCAUUCAAGUCCCUUCGGCAGCUGGAGCUCCGAGGUGUCCCCCUCCACUGCCUCCAUGGCCUCCGUGCCAUCUAUUCCCAGCUGGAGACCCUGAUUUGCAGUAGGAGCCUCCAGGCAUUAGAGGAGCUCCUUUCAGCCUGCGGCGCUGACCUCUGCUCCGCCCUGCCCUGGCUGGCUCUGCUGUCUGCCGACUUCAGCUACAACACUCUGACUGCCUUAGACAGCUCCCUGCGUCUCUUGUCAGCUCUGCGCUUCUUGAACCUGAGCCACAAUCAGGUCCAGGACUGUGAGGGUUUCCUGAUGGACUUGUCUGAGCUCUGCCACCUGGACGUCUCCUAUAACCAUCUGCGUCUGGUGCCGAGAAUGGGACCCUCGGGGGCUGCUCUGGGGACCCUGAUACUGCGAGGCAAUGAGCUCCAGAGCCUGCGCGGCCUGGAGCAGCUGCGGAACCUGCGGCACCUGGAUGUGGCCUACAACCUGCUGGAAAGACACAGGGAGCUGUCGCCGCUGUGGCUGCUGGCUGAGCUCCGCAAGGGGCGCCCAAGGCCUGCCUCAGCCUCCUCUUCCUGUCCCCAGCUCUGCCUGGAGGGGAACCCUUUGUGGUUCCACCCUGAGCACCGAGCGGCCACCGCCCGGUGCUUGUCACCCCGUGCCAGGGACGCUGCUGCUGGGUUCCUUCUUGACGGGAAGGCCUUGUCACUGACUGAUUUUCAGACCUCCCCAUCCUCAGGCCUUGGCCCCAUGGCCCCACCUCUGCCCUGGCCGGUGGGGAGUACCACGGAAACCUCUGGCGGCCCUGACUGGAGUGACAGCCCCUCGUCGGGGGGCGUUGUGGCCCAGCCCCCAGUUCGUAAGGUUAAGAGCCGAGUCCGUGUGAGGCGGGCGAGUAUCUCGGAACCCAGUGAUACGGACCCGGAGCCCCGGACUCUGGACCCCUCCCCGGCUGGGCGGUUUGUGCAGCAGCACCGGGAGCUGGAGCUCAUGAACAGCUUCCGGGACCGCUUUGGCCGUGACUGGCUGCAGUACAGGAAUCACCCGCAGGCCUCCGGGACCCCUGCCCUCGGCACCCUGCGUCCGGGCGCCCUGAGCCCAGAGACUGUGUGCAGCCCUCCGCCCCCUGAGACAGAGUCUGCACAGGAUGAGGCAGAGGAGGUCGGGGUGGAGCCGGAGCCGCGGGAGGAAGAGCAGGGAGGGCAAGAGGACGAGGAGGAGGGGCGGCAGCCAAGCGGAGUGGAGGUGGAGCUCUGCCGCCCCAUGUUGGUGUGUCCCCUGGAGGGGCCCGAGGGCUUGCGGGGCAGGGAAUGCUUUCUCUGGGUCACUGCUGGCCACCUGUUGGAGGUGGAGCUCCAAGCAGCUCGAACCCUGGAACGGCUUGAGCUCCAGAGUCUGGAGGCAGCUGAGAUAGAGGCUGAGACCCAGACCCAGAGUGAGCCGGUGCCCGAGGGCUCAGAUCCACGCCCUGGGGGCCCCGUCCUUGUUCUCCGCUUCUCCUACAUCUGCCCCGAGCGGCAGUUGCGUCGCUAUGUGGUGCUGGAGCCAGAUGCCCAGGCCGCUGUCCAGGAGCUGCUGGCUGUGUUGACCCCAGCAGCCACCUUGGGGAAACAUCAGCUUGGGGAGGCGAGGGACCCACCCGGCAGCAGACUCCAGUGUCUGCGCUGUGGCCACGAGUUCAAGCCAGAGGAGCCCAGGUCGCGACUGGACGGUGAGGAAGGCUGGAGGCCUCUGUUCCAGAAGACAGAAUCGCCUGCUGUGUGUCCAAACUGUGGUAGUGAUCACGUGGUUCUCCUGUCCCCUGGAACCCCCAGUGGGAAACGGAGACAGGGAGAGCCAUCGCCGGCCCCCUCGCGGCCCCCGAGCCCCAUCCAUGGCCCUCCUGGCCACAGUGCCUACGGCACCAGGGCCGGCAGUGCCCCAUCUCAGGCACCGGCCUCCCGUGACCGCCAGCGCUGGAGCCUCAGCCCCCCCCCGGAGCGCUGUGGCCUCCGCUCUGUGGACCACCGACUCCGGCUCUUCCUGGACGUCGAGGUGUUCGCCGAUGCCCGGGAGGAGUUCCAGUUCUGCCUCAAGGUGCCACUGGUGUUGGCAGGGCACCCUGGGGAGUUGCUGUGUCUCGCGGUUGUGUCUGACCACAGGCUCUACGUGUUGAAGGUGACGGGGGAGAUCCGCGGGCCUCCGGCUGGCUGGCUGCAGCCGACCCUGGCCAUUCCCCUGCAGGAUCUGAGUAGCAUAGAGCUGGGCCUGGCAGGACAGAGCCUGCGGCUGGAGUGGGCGGCCGGGGCGGGUGUCUGUGUCCUGCUGCCCCGAGAUGCCAGGCACUGCCGGGCCUUCCUGGAGGAGCUUACGGAUGUCUUGCAGUCUCUUCCCCCCACCCGGAGGAGCAGCGUCAGCGCCACGGAGGAGGAGGUGACCCCGAAGCAUCGGCUCUGGCCGUUGCUAGAGACAGACCCUUCCUUGGAGCCUCUCCGGUUCUUCUAUCUUCGGGCAUUCCUGGUUGAAGGGCCUUCUACCUGCCCUGUGUCCCUGUUGCUGACUCUGUCCACCCUGUACCUGUUAGAGGAGGACCCUAUAGGGUCCCAGGCAGAGCCCCCUCUUCCGGCGUCAUCAGGCGAAGCCUCUGAGAAGGCCCCACCCCCCGGGCCAGGCCCUUCAGUGCACGUCAGGGAGCAGCAGCCACUCAGCAGCCUGAGCUCCGUGCUGCUCUACCGCGUGGCCCCGGAGCACCUGCGGCUGGUCUUCUACGACGAGGUGUCCCGGCUGGAGAGCUUCUGGGCACUCCGUGUUGUGUGUCCGGAGCAGCUGACGGCCCUGCUGGCCUGGAUCCGGGAGCCCUGGGAGGAGUUGUUUUCCAUCGGACUCCGAACUGUGACCCAAGAGGCUCUAGACCUUGUCCAGUGAGGCUGCCAUGCUGGCCCCGCCCCCGGCCUCAGGAGCCACGGCUACAGAUGUUCUCUCUCCAGACUCUGGCUGUGGACUUCUCUGGCCUUUGGGCACUGGUCAGCAAGGCCCCAAAUGACCCACAGCUCAGGGGCAGGGUGAGAGGACUGGUCCUGCCUCCAGAUGACCUGGCCCGAGGGAACGGGCUGAGUGGUCAGAAGGAAUGCUUCUCCUGCACUUUUUCUCAGGUAUCAA